UAAAAUCGUGUAACUCAGAAUCCUUAAAUGCCCUUAUCCUCUGCUCACACCGUCAGCCAUGUAGCGCCCAGACAAUGCACCAACAAACUAUCCAUUUCCUCUUCACCACCUCCAAUUCCUCCUUCACUUCCUCUUCUUUCCAUCCGAAAUCCCGUUUCCAUUCUCCCCACUAUGACUUUGCUUCACUUUCUAGCCCAAAAAACGCCCACUUCCCAAUUUUUUCUCUCAAUGCAACUCUCUCUCUUCCGCUUAAACUCCCUCGUACUUCGGAAGUUCCGACCAUAUCGCCCCCCAUUCGUCCAGUUCCCCAUCAACCCAACCUUCGCCGUUCCCAGUUCAGAGAGAAAAUGCUCUACCUCGAGUCCAUUGGCCUCGAUUUUCUCUCCCUCAUCAACCACAACCCUCCGAUCGUCUCCGCCUCCCUCUCCGACAUCAAAUCCACCGUUGAUUACAUGACCUCCUUGGGCUUCACAGCCAUCGAGUUCCGCAGAAUCGCCGGCAUGUGCCCCGAAAUCAUUACCUCCCGAGUCUCCGACAUCGUCCCAGUCUUCACCUUCCUCCUACGCGAGGUCUGCGUCAACGGUUCCGACCUCAAGCGCGUCAUCCACCGACGGCCCAGGUUGCUAGCCUGCAGCGUCAAGCAACGUCUCCGCCCCACCCUAUACUUUCUCCAAAGUAUCGGCAUCUCCGAGGUAAACAAGCACACGUAUUUGCUUUCCACUAGUGUCGAAGAAAAGCUUAUACCCAGAAUCGAGUACUUCGAAAAUAUCGGGUUUUCGCAUCGAGACGCGGUAUCGAUGUUUCGGAGAUUCCCACAGCUGUUUAAUUACAGUGUUGAAGGCAAUUUCGAGCCGAAAUUCAAUUACUUUGUGGUGGAAAUGGGGAGGGAUUUGAAGGAGCUGAAAGAGUUUCCGCAUUACUUUUCGUUUAGCUUAGAGAAUAGGAUCAAGCCUAGGCACCAGUGUUGUGUAGAUAAAGGUGUGUGCUUUCCUCUCCCUGUAUUGUUAAAGAUGAGUGAGGCGCAAUUCCGUGAUCGAGUGGAGGUUCUUUUCUCAUCAAUAGGUUAAUUUGGAGGAAUUUCUGAUUCAACCCUUGAAGAACAGUAGUUGGUACCAUUUUAGUGGAGCGCUUAUCAGUGUUGUUCUCUCUGCUUCCUGUUAUUCAUUAGUUAUACUAGGAGGCUGAUGCCGAGGGCCUUCAUUUUCCAUGCAAAAAUGUUGUUCUGCCUGUCUUCACGAUUUAGUACAUCUCCUCUCCACCAGGUGGAGGGCGGUUUUAUGUUGUGAGCUGAAUGAAGUUUUUGUGAAUUUACAUGAUAAUAUUUUCUGCUGUGCAUUUAAUGUUUGUGAGAAACAGAUGGAGUUUCCUAUAAGCAUAAGAUUCAAUCGCAAA